UAACACAAAUUGGGUCAGCUAAUGCAUAGCCUAGUGUUUGGAUUUGAAAUAUCUAUUUUAUCAAUGUGAUAUUGAUAUCUUUCUAAUAAUAAUCAUUGUUUUAAUCAUAGUUCUAAAUUAAAGGUGAAAUUAUUAAUAAUUUGAAUCCUAAUCGAAGCUAUGAACAGAGAAUCAGACAAGUUACUGCUGUCCAAAAUGGAAUGUCUGACACGCAGACAGCUCCAGUACUUGGAGGACAAAUAUGUGUCGCGGACACUCAAGUGUGUUCCUGAAAAGUUCCAGGAGAUGUGCCAAAUGCAUCUGGCAUUUCUCUUGGAUUUAAGUGAUGACAAGCUGGAGCUUCUUCUCUCAGAGGAAGAACACGACAAGAAGAAGAAACCUCUGGCAUCUGUGGCGGUCUUUAAGAGAAAAGAUAAAACUCCCAUGGGUUUGUUUGGUUCUCCACUGACAGAUGAAGGUGUCUGUCUGAUGAUGCCUCUGUUGAAAUUUUUGAAGACUGAUGCUAAUGUGUGUAAAGAAGGCAUUUUCCGAAAACCUGGUAACUGUGCUAGAAUGAACACACUGAGAGAGAUGCUGGUGGCCCAAGGACCUUCCCUUGACAUUGACCCACAGAUUUACACCCCCUAUGAUGUUGCAGGGGUUCUCAAAGAGUUUCUCAGAGACCUGCCUGAGCCACUGCUGACAGAGCGCCACAUGGAAGCUCACAGACAAGUAGCAGGUCUAGGCAAACAUGCCACCCUACCAGAAGAGGUGGCCAGGUACACCAAAAAGAAGUUGUCUGCCCUGCAGCUCCUGAUGCUGCUGAUGCCCCGUCCUGCCCAGAAGAUGACCAGGCAUGUGGUGACCCUCCUCCACCAGGUGGCAGAGUGUGCAGAGACCAAGAUGACCCCUGCAACCCUUGGAACAAUCUUUGCCCCCAUCUUCUUCCUCAACAGAAAAGUGGACGCCACUGAGGUGUGCAGCAUUGUGGCACAGACUGAGCCUGCAGUUGCCUUUAUGAUUGAGAAUGCACACGAACUCUUCCAGGCACCCAAAGAACUAAUCAUAGAUUUGGCCAAUUACUGGAAUCGGCUAGAUAAAGAAUCACCAACAGAUGACGAAGAUGCAUUAUCUGAUCAUUAUCGCAACAAGAAAUCAUUGAGCAGCAGGACAUUGAACACCAAUGUGUGCUACCUGGACAGAGAGAGGUCAAGGUGUGAUGACAUAGCUGGCAACACCCAGGCUGAGCUGGAAAGUCUGUUUGCUCAUGUCCAGUCUCUGCCAGACACACCACACAACAUCAGGCUGAAGAAACAAAUCUUGAAGGCAACUACCACACCAACGUCUUCCACAAAAAAACACAAACGCAGUAAAUCUAUCAGUGCAUCCAUUAAGAAAAGAUUUCCAUCCAUGGGCCGUUCCAAGAACAAAAACGCAGAGAUUUCUAGACUUAGUACUUCAUCAGCAUCCUCAUCUACAUCUGCAUCAUCCUAUGAUGAAGUUAAAUCCUUGACUCCUGCCAUGACAGAUUUGCUGACAUCCCCCACCACACCAAAGCUCAACUUCCGCAUCUCUCGGCCCCAGCACAAGCGCAGCUCCACACAAACUGAUGCACCAGGCUGCUCCCCACCCAAACAGGAAUGCAGGAACUCCCCCCUGCUGAACAUCACAGAAGACAAGGAAAAUGUUCCCGCUGCUGCUGCUCUCAAGAAGUCCAACAGCACAGCAUCUCUGAGGGAAAGUUUUGGUACACCCAAACACACACCAUCUAACACAGCCUCCCCUGUCAGGUACAUGGGCCAGAAGCUGGGGCCUCUUCCUUUGUCACUGGCCAAACAGUUGAGCCCGUCUUAUCUAGUUCAUCAGUCAGAGAAUGAGAUCACAUACGUGCCUAACUACAGGAGCCCAUACAAGAAGAGAACACCAACCACACCCAGCAAACACUUCCAGAAACACAUGUCGCGGGUGGAAUUCAGAUCUUGUAAAACACCUGGGACUCCUGUGAUGCCAAGAGCCUUCUUACAGAUGGCCCAAGCUAACAACACAUUAGAAACAUCUAUUUAAACCUGUUGGAACACAUCAAGACACCAAGAUAUCUAGAAGAUACAAACUGUGAUAACAGCAAUAAAAAAUUGCAGAUUCUAAGGAUAUUUUUUACAUUUUGCAAUAAGGAAGUAGUUGCACAGGCUGUCAAAUGUAAAUAAUUCUCUUUAAGUGCCAUCAUUAUUCUAAGCUUUAAAUUCAACAGUACUGUGGAUACGAGGGGAGACGAUUCUUUCAAUCCCUGCAACAUUUUAUUAAAAGCAACAACAGAAUCAUGGACAAAUAUGUCUAAACUUGAUACAAUCAACCACAUGUGUGCAUUAUUGGUUGAGUGAUUUAUUGUGGUUUAUCUAGCUGCUUAAGGAUUAUCUAAUUAUCUCAGCAGCUAAAAGUGACCUAAUAAAAUUGGUUUGGAAAAAUAUUUAAAUGGCAUUGACUUGGCUGAAGAAAAUAACUACAUAUUUCUUCAAUCACUGAAACCAAACAAAAAAUUUUGCUGUGUAAAUUAUGCUGUGAUUAGUUGCAAUGAAUCUGAUAUUGUUAAUAUUGUACAAAUGUAUGUUGUUUUUUUAUUAUUAUUAUUUUAAUUCUAUAACAAGUUGUCUUGUUUGUAUUCUGUAAAUAUGAUAAUUAUGACUUUAAAGCUUAAGUUGUAUUGUCUCCCUUUGACAAUCUAACCAUUUGUUAAAUGGAAUGAAACAAUUAGCAGUUUAAAAACCAAAGUUGUGCAUUUUAAAACAAUCAGUAUUAACUUUUAAGUUCAACUACUGCAAAUACUUAGGAGUCGGAGGUUCAGUAAAUGCACUUGUAUGCUCAAACAUUUUUGUAUAGAAAAACAAUCUGCUCAUAAUUUUCCAUUUCCAA